GUUCGACAGAGCCUGCGCUGGAGUUAACUGCAUAGUUAGACUUGGGUUGCUUUUCUGCGACUUACCAGCUCUUUAGUCUGGGCAACUUAGCUUCUCAGCCCCCAGGUUUUCCUGUCUGCAGAACCGGGGUAUACCAAGCUUGGCUACGCAGGCAACACUGAGCCACAGUUCAUUAUUCCGUCAUAGGUCUCAUUUACAGGACAAGUCCCAGGGUGUGCAUGCUGAAGUGGCCUCAGGAGAGCUGGAUCUGGAGUUAUGCCCUAGGCUUGCCUGGUAUCGCCAUCAGAGAAUCUGCAAAGGUAGUUGAUCAAGCCCAAAGGAGGGUGUUGAGAGGAGUUGAUGACCUUGACUUUUUCAUAGGGGAUGAAGCUGUCGACAAACCUACCUACGCUACCAAGUGGCCUAUACGACAUGGCAUCAUUGAAGACUGGGAUCUUAUGGAAAGGUUCAUGGAACAAGUGGUCUUUAAGUAUCUUCGUGCUGAACCCGAGGACCAUUAUUUUUUAAUGACAGAACCUCCACUGAACACACCAGAAAACAGAGAGUACCUUGCAGAAAUCAUGUUUGAAUCAUUUAAUGUACCAGGACUCUACAUUGCAGUACAGGCAGUGCUGGCUCUGGCAGCCUCAUGGACAUCCCGGCAAGUUGGUGAGCGCACACUGACGGGGAUAGUCAUAGACAGUGGAGACGGUGUCACCCACGUUAUCCCAGUGGCAGAAGGUUAUGUAAUUGGAAGCUGCAUCAAACACAUCCCAAUUGCAGGUAGAGAUAUUACGUAUUUCAUUCAACAGCUGCUAAGGGAGAGGGAGGUGGGAAUCCCUCCUGAGCAGUCACUGGAGACCGCAAAAGCCAUUAAGGAGAAGUACUGUUACAUUUGCCCUGAUAUUGUCAAAGAAUUUGCUAAGUAUGACAUGGAUUCCCGGAAGUGGAUCAAACAGUACACGGGGAUCAAUGCGAUCAACCAGAAAAAGUUCAUUAUAGAUGUUGGUUAUGAAAGGUUCCUGGGACCGGAAAUAUUCUUUCACCCUGAGUUCGCCAACCCGGAUUUCAUGGAGUCCAUCUCGGAUGUCGUUGAUGAGGUCAUACAGAACUGUCCCAUAGAUGUGCGUCGGCCGCUCUACAAGAAUGUCGUUCUUUCUGGAGGUUCCACGAUGUUUAGAGACUUUGGACGUCGUCUACAGAGAGACUUGAAAAGAGUGGUGGACGCCAGGUUGAAGCUGAGUGAAGAGCUCAGUGGGGGCAGAAUAAAGCCUAAGCCUGUGGAGGUGCAGGUGAUAACACACCACAUGCAGCGCUAUGCCGUGUGGUUUGGAGGCUCCAUGCUGGCCUCAACCCCGGAGUUCUUCCAGGUCUGUCACACCAAGAAGGACUAUGAGGAGUACGGCCCCAGCAUCUGCCGCCACAACCCCGUCUUUGGAGUCAUGUCCUAGUGUCUGCCUGGGCACCAUCGUCUGACAGUGUCGU